AUGUGGCGUGAUCGGACCAAUCUCUACAUCUCCUACCGCCAAUCCUUCGCGCACCAUCCGACCAAGAAACCGCGUUACUUCGGCCCAUCCUCAGGAGCCUUCACCGACUCACCCUCCCUCUCCGAAGAAAGAAGAGGCCUCAUCGCCGGCGCCGACGGCCUCGAAGAUGACGGCGAUGCAGUCAUCGAAAUGGACCUGUUGCCCCCUCGAUGGGUAGACGUACAGGAAGAAGUUUCCGAGGUCCUAGCCGAUAUCGCGCAGAAAUCCGCACGGCUCGACAAAUUACAUCAAAAGCACAUCUUGCCUAGCUUUGGGGAUGAAGGUGCGCGAAAGGAGGAAGAGACUAUUAUAGAGCAGUAUACGCAGGAAAUCACGAGGGGCUUUCAUGCGUGUCAGAAUGCAAUUCAGCGGAUUGAUGGUCUGGUGCGUGAGCAGAAACAGCUUGGUGCCGUGACCAAGGGCGAUGAGACGAUGGCGAAGAAUAUCCAGAUUUCGCUUGCGGCGAGGGUGCAGGAGUCGAGUUCGCGGUUUAGGAAGAAGCAGAGUACAUAUCUAAGAAAAGGCAUGGCCUCACCCUUCGAACGAGUCUCCACACCAAUCCAAUCCCAAUACUUCGACCCCUCACUCAUGGAAUCCGACGCCGACAAAUCCUUCUCUCAAACCACACUGCAACAAACAUCUCAAAAACAUCAGCAGCAACAACAACUCGUCGUUGGCGGCGCAAACGACGUCGCAAUCGCCCAACGCGAGCGCGAAAUCAACGAUAUCGCAAAGGGUAUUAUUGAGUUGUCGGAUAUUUUUCGUGAAUUGCAAAGCAUGAUUAUCGAUCAGGGCACAAUGCUGGACCGAAUAGAUUAUAAUGUUGAGCGCAUGGCGACGGAUGUGAAGCAGGCUGAUACGGAGCUUAAAGUGGUCAGUCCCUCUUUCCAUUGA